AUGGAGGAUGCGCGAAGAGAACUUGACAUAUUAGCAAGUUCUGUCUCUCCGUUCGGCAUGUGCUUUGCACCUGCAAAGUGCAAACUGAUGCUGCAAGAUUGGGUGUUGUCGAGUUCCGUUCUGAAACUAGACGGUCAGGAAUUAGCUGAAGUUGACUGCUCGUACUUAGCUGGUCCCGGUCACAAAUACAGUGUCGUUCAGCUGCUACCCCGAAUCGCACAUUUGGCACGAACACAUCCCACUGCGAUAGGAGUGGACGAUGCGGGCUAUCAAAUCGUUCAUCGCUUGGAUAAAGAAUGCUCCGGGUUAAUGCUGAUUGCUCGGAACACUGACACUUCUUUACGUUUGCAAGAGGCCUUUGCUAAACGAUGGAUACGAAAAGACUAUUUGUGUAUCACUGUUGGAAUUCCACAGCAAGAAAAGGGCUAUCUACGUUUGCCAAUCACAGAGAGGAGUUUCAACGGUGUGCACAAGGUCAGUGAUUAA